AUGGGCUACUUCUAUCAUGACAUCGUUCCAGGUUUCAACUGGGUCCGAAGUUGCACUCCCGAUAUACUCCAAAUGGACGUGCAGGUGGGCGGAUUGAGGACGAUGGCAUGCAGCACCCUGAACCCUUGUCUGCCCCUGGUCGACGACGUGGCUUACAACGCCGACAUUGUUUUUGGACCGCAUCCAUACGGAUUUGACUUGGAUGUUUACGGUACGCACGAUUUGGUUGGUAAACACUAUGUUUUGCAUGUGGACAACCUACCACUUCCGUUGGAUGUGAACAAUUGUAGAAUUAGGGUGAAGACUGAUGGUAUUGAAGUUUUCUUGCUACGACGACCUGCGUGUAUUGAAACUACAACUACCGAGACGGACUUCUUAUUAAUGUGA